UUUUGUAUGAUCUGAGAUUUUGCUCAGGCGAUGGCCUGUUUAUGAGGCAUCUUGCCUUCGUUUUUCAAUUAUGUUUCUUAAUUUCGUGUUUCCCUUUCGCUUUGGUCCGUUCUCAUCGACUCGGGUAUUUCCCUUUCCCGAUCAAAAUUUCGAUUAACUCACAGAUCCAAUUUCUUGUUUGGGUGUUGCUGUUUCCAGUGACUCUCCUCGGAUUCCUUCAGUCGCCGUUUUAAACGGGGUUUGCCCGUUAUCGCACAUGGGUUGGAUCCCAAUUGUGCAACACAGGAUUGUUCAUCCUUCGGGUGGCUGUCCAGUUGAUCCCUGUGUGGAUCUGUUUACCUUUCGUCCUGCUUUGACUUUUCUGGCUUCUACUUUGGCGAUGGAAGAUGUUCUCCGUUUCGGAGAUGAUCUGACAUUUGUGGCUUCUUGUGGGUCUGGAAUCGGGAUAUUCCGGUGCUCUCGUUUGAGUUCGUUGUUGGCUUUUUUCAAACUUUUCGACUCUGGCCUGAUGGUGUUCUUCAUACUUGGUGCGAAUUUUAUUCGCUUUGGCGCUACCGCUGUGACAGCGUCCUUCUCUUGGCCAGAUUGGGGUUUGGGUGGCCUAGACUCGCCUGGUUUGAGUCUGUGUUUUCAUUUUUUCUUUGUCUGGGUUUGGUUUCUUACCCUCUGUUUAGGUUGCUUCGUUUGUUGUUGUUUUUGUACAUGUUGCACCCAGUUUCUGGGUUUUGUAACUUUCCUCUAGUUUAAUGUCACUUGAUCAUUUUUGUAGGCAUGAAAUUGUUGGCCAAGUGACCAAGGUUGGGCUCAACGUCAAAAAAUUCAAAGUUGGAGAUGUAGCCGGAGUAGGGUGCAUGAUGGGUUCAUGUGGCUCAUGCGAGAACUGCAAACAAGACUUGGAAAAUUACUGCCCCAAAAUGUUAUGGACCUUCAGUGGACAAUAUGAAGAUGGAACAAGAGCCUUUGGUGGAUAUUCCAAUAAGUUUGUUGUGGAAGAGCACUUUGCCGUCCGAAUCCCAAAUGACAUACCACUAGCAGGUGUCGCCCCGCUAUUGUGUGCUGGGAUUACCGUGUAUAGCCCCCUGAAAUAUUUCGGACUAGUCCCCCAGCCCGGUAGCAAGAAACAUUUGGGUGUUGUUGGGCUUGGAGGUGUAGGUCAUAUGGCCGUGAAGUUUGCCAAAGCUUUCGGAGCAAAGGUCACUGUCAUUAGUUCCUCUCCGAGUAAGGAAAAGGAAGCAGUGGAACAACUUGGUGCAGAUUCAUUUUUGAUCAGUCAUGACCAUGAGAAAUUGGAGGCUGCCUUGGGCACCAUGGAUGGUAUCAUCGACACUGUUUCUGCUUCUCACUCUCUCCUCCCAUUGAUUGGCUUGCUAAAAACUAGUGGAAAACUAGUUUUGGUGGGUGCUCCAGUGGAGCCACCUGAGCUUCCCGUCUUCCCUUUAAUUAUGGGGAGGAAAGUUAUUGCUGGUAGUGCAAUUGGGGGGAUGAAAGAGACUCAAGAGAUGAUAGAUUUUGCAGCAAAGCACAACAUCAUAGCAGAUGUCGAAGUUAUUCCAAUGGAUUAUGUGAACACUGCUCUUGAACGACUUGAGAAAGGCGACAAUGUUAAAUAUCGCUUUGUCAUCGAUGUUGCCAACACAAUAAAAUGUGCAAACUAGUUCGAUCAAGUUGUAAAGCUUUAAGCCUUUAGUAUCUGACUAGAUAGAAAGGGCCGCACAAUGCUGCGGGGCUUUUAGUAGCAGUAAUAAUUGGUGUAUUGUUGCAAAAAAAGGGAAUGAGAAAACAAAGAAGAAUAGCCAAAAAGCUUUUAUGUACAUUGAUUGUUAGAUGUACAAACUAUCUGCUAUUUUGGUUGAUUGGUUUUCAGGCAUUACAGAAAACAUAGAGAAUGGUCCUGACAA